CCGGGGCCCUGUCGCCCUCGUCUCCCGCAGCUCCGGCCUCUCAGCCAUGGGCGCCAUCUGGUCCGCCCUGCUGGUCGGAGGGGGUCUGGCCGGAGCGCUUUUCGUCUGGCUGCUCCGCGACAGGGGAAAGAAGGGGGACGCGGAGCAGGAGCAGGAGCAGGAGCCGGACGCCACUCCUGGGAAGGCUGCGGCUGCGGGAGGCGAUCCCAGUGGCGGCGGCGUACUGAGCCCCGCACCUCCCAGGCCGGAGCUGGUCACCAAACCAGAGCGUCUUCAAGAAAGCAACGGAUGUUUGGUUUCAGAGACCAAAGGCCCUGGUGAUGUGCAGGACGCAGCAUGGAGACUGCGGAGUCCUUCUGGAGAUCCUGGUGACUGUGACAAUUCAAGACAGCAUGUUCCUUUUGGGCAGUUUCCGGACACAGAAGCUAGAGCUGCAUCUGCACCUGGUUACUCUGGGGGUUGCUUUGAAGCGUCAAGAAACAAAAACCGUGAAUCUUGUACAGGAGAACGGGGAUUCCAAAAAGGACAAGAGACACCUGCUAAAGCAGCUCCAUGUCUUGCCGAGAAGCUGCCACCUAGCAACCUGCUCAUGGACAUAGGUAAAGAAGUGAGCCUCGCCCGGUUGGACAGUCAGGACUCAGCUGACCAGGAGGACUGGGAAAUGGUGUCCAGGCACUCCUCUUGGGGAGACAUUGGUUUGGGUGGCAGUCUGGAGGCUUCAAUGGUAAGCCCACACCAGGGAAUGGACAAUGGCAAAAACACUCGUGUGGAAGCAAGGGGUCAUGAAGUGAAUGCCAAAACAAAAAGGGAGGGAGCUAUGACUUCAGAGUCUCAGCAAGUUAGUGUCAGGUUCCAGGUCCAUUAUAUCACAAGCACUGGUGUGCAAUUCAUUGCAGUAACUGGAGACCAUGAGAAGCUGGGGAGAUGGGACACUUACAUCCCCCUCCAGCACGGCAAGGAUGGGUUCUGGUCUCGUUCUGUCUCCCUGCCAGCAGAUACCGUGGUGGAAUGGAAGUUUGUGGUGGUAGAGAAUGGGGGAGUGAUUCGCUGGGAAGAAUGCAGCAAUAGGUUCCUAGAAACUGGCCGUGAGGAUAAAUUGGUUCACAAGUGUUGGGGUUUUCACUGAUUCAGUUUGCAAAAUAUUGAAGAAACCGUCGCAGACUGUGGAAGAGGCUAAGGUCGUGGAGCACACUGAAUAAUUUAAAAUGGAGGAAGUAUAACUCCAAGCUUGAGUUCAGAUUUGCUAAUGGCUUUUGUCUAAUGUGCAGACAUAUAUAUGCAGAUAAUGUUUCCAAUGAGCAUGGCCUUUUUUCCAUGGCAUUGAUGGAUGGAUUUAUGCUGAUCCAUCUGCACUUUAGGGCUUUGUCCUCUUGGGGAGUGACUUGGCUAGGCUUCAGGUGUGGCCUGGUCAGGGAGCACAAAAGCAAUCCAGCUGCACAGGGUUCAAGGUUGAGCCUUUGGGUGAUCCUUACACCAAGGGAGUGAAACAAGCUGCAUGUGAAGAGCUGAAUUCCUCGUGAAGCAGCUGGACAAAUGUUCUCUUGGCUACAUUAUGUUUAAAAAUAGUUAACUGUGAUCAGAAAAUAUCUGUUACUAGAUGUGAUUAGGAAAGCUUGAUUUUACCUGCCUGGUAUGGUUUGAAGGUAGCAAGUGUGUCUUUGUCUUAUAAUCGGAAGCUAGUGUAGAAACAUCAGGCGCAGCCCAUGAGGAAAGGAAACAGAAAUAGGUGCUGAGGCCGGUGGCCUGAAUGAGAGAUCUUAGAGGGCUGGGAGGUACAGAGAGGCACACCUCACUGUGGGGAGGGACACUCCUGAGGCCUUUGUAGAACCAUCUCUGCCCCCGGUAUGGACCGACAGACAGGCUGUCCCAUAGCAGCCGUUUCGGCCUCUCCCCUCUCCUUCCGUAGCUAUCCUGGGGAACCAAGCUGGAAAGGGCAGUGACACAGAAGUCCAUCUUCUUUGCUCUGAGAAGAAAUAAAACAUUUGACCUUUGCCAUUACAAUGGAAAACAAAAUAAAACCUGAAUUUUAAUAUCUUUAUUAACUGUCUGAAUUAUUUGCCUAAAUCCUGGAACCAUAAUAGCUUAGAUGUAAAAUAAAAUACUAAUAUUUUCCUCCAUUAAUAACAGACACAGAAGA